AUGUCAUCCGCCGGCUUAUACUACCAACCGAGUCAAGAAUUCGAGCCCUACUGCUUGCCUCAGUUCCAAUUACCUCACCAACUAUGCUACAAUGGAAGCGUGCAGGCAACUUCUCAAUUCCCCUUUGAGAUCUCUUCUGAACAAUACUGCACUUUGGAGUCAUCUUCCCCAAAUGCCAUUUUCAGUACCUACAACUUUUCGCCUAGUGGGAGCCCAAUCUCGCAGCAGGAUUCUCAGUCACACCCACCUGAUACAUAUGGCUCUCCAUUAAGCAGCUCGUGUGUUACUGAUGAUGCCAAUGAUAUAAGACACAAGCUGAGGGAGUUAGAGACUGCAAUGUUGGGGCCAGAUUCUGAUAACUUAAUGAAUAUAGAAGGCGAGUCACCAGAGAUGGACUGCUUGAGAAAAAUCAUGGAGGCGAUAUCACGAGCUGAUCUAAAGCAAGUCCUAGUUGCCUGUGCCAAGGCAGUGUCCGAGAAUGACCACUUAAUAGCACAAUGGCUGAUCGAUGAAUUACGCCACAUGGUGUCAGUUUCUGGUGAGCCUAUACAAAGGCUAGGCGCAUACAUGUUGGAAGGCCUCGUUGCUCGGCUUUCCUCUUCUGGGAGUUCAAUCUGCAAUGCCUUGAGGUGCAAGGAACCAGCUAGUGCUGACUUGCUCUCUUACAUGCACAUCCUCUAUGAAGUCUGCCCUUACCUCAAAUUUGGAUACAUGUCAGCGAAUGGGGCUAUUGCAGAAGCUAUGAAGGAUGAGAACCGGGUUCACAUUGUUGACUUUCAGAUUGGUCAAGGGAGUCAGUGGGUGAGUUUGAUUCAAGCAUUUGCAGCGAGACCCGGUGGGCCACCACACAUUCGUAUCACAGCCAUAGAUGACUCAACUUCCGCUUAUGCACGAGGUGGAGGGUUGAAUAUAGUAGGGAAGAGGCUGUCAAAGCUGGCUGAGUCGUUCAAAGUGCCGUUUGAGUUCCAUGCUGCUGCUAUCAAUGGCUGUGAAGUUCAAGUGGGUGAUCUCGGUAUUCGAGCUGGGGAAGAAGCUCUAGCUGUCAAUUUUGCGUUCAUGCUUCAUCACAUGCCUGAUGAGAGUGUCGAUACAGAGAACCAUCGAGAUCGGUUGCUGAGGAUGGUUAAAGGGUUGUCACCUAAGGUCGUGACACUUGUCGAGCAGGAGGCUAAUACAAAUACUGCACCGUUCUUUCCUCGGUUUCUAGAGACACUCGACUACUACACGGCCAUGUUUGAGUCGAUCGACGUGACCCUCCAGAGGGAUCACAAGGAGAGGAUAAAUAUUGAGCAGCAUUGCCUUGCUAAAGAUGUUGUGAAUGUGAUCGCUUGUGAGGGAAGAGAGCGAGUGGAGAGACUUGAGCUUCUGGGGAAAUGGAGGUCAAGGUUUGUCAUGGCGGGGUUUACACAGUGUCCUUUGAGCUCUUUGGUGAACGCUACCAUUAAGACACUGCUGGAGAAUUACUGCAAGCAGUACAGGCUUCAAGUGAGGGAUGGUGCGUUGUAUCUCGGGUGGAUGAACCGUGAUUUGGUUGCUUCUUGUGCAUGGAAGUGA